GAUGAUUGCUGCCAGCCAGCUACUGAAACAACAGAACUGUCCACAGAGUCGAGAGAAUCUAACGCUAUUUUUCAGCAGAAUGAGGAGUAGCAGGUGUAGUCUGCAGUGGGGGGGUCUGCUCCUCCUCCUGUCCUGCUGUCUGCUCUGUGUCCGCUCUCAGGUGGACCCACAGCAGCACCAGCAGCCCCCGCCGCCAGUCGUAGAGAGUGCAGCUCAUGUAACCGGCCACGGUCACGGUCGCCUGGACAAAGACAUGGUCCAGGACAAAGACCACAUCAUGGAGCAUUUAGAAGGAGUGAUAGACAAACCAGAGAAAGACAUGUCCCCCCAGGAGCUUCAGCUGCAUUAUUUCAAGAUGCACGAUUAUGAUGGUAAUAACCUGCUGGAUGGACUGGAGCUCGCCACAGCUAUCACACAUGUACACAAAGAGGAGAGAGGAGAGAACAGCCAGCCGAUGAAAGAAGAGGACCUCAUCACCCUCAUCGAUGACGUUCUGAAGGACGAUGACAAAAAUAAUGACGGCUACAUAGAUUAUGCAGAGUUUGCCAAAUCCCUGGAGUAAGAUGUCAUCAGAGCGCUGACACUCUUCAUGUCCCCAACAACAACAACAACAACAACAACAACAACAACAACAACAACAACAACAACAACAAGGAAUCUACAGAGAAGAGAAGGCAAGCCGCCAAACUGUCUACAGAACCACCGGCUAAUCUCACAGGUGAUCAGUCAGGAUUGUUAGUAAUUUAUGUCCAAGUUUUGGGAAAAUGUGUGCUAAAAAAGCUCGAGAUAUGUCUUUUUAAGUGAUGUCCAAGCUUGUAGCUCCAAAACUAAUGAUGCCAGUGAUUAAAUAAGCAAAAAACAGCAGAAAAAGAAACAGUUUUUAGUUGGACUCUGGUGUGUGCUCACACUUUGACAUCUCUGCCUCACUCUCUGUUUCUGUAGGUUUCUUGAAAUCACGCCUGUUUAAAGGGUCAUUUCACUCAAUAUCACUAACAAAGACAGUUUUCAUGGUGUCUAACCAUAGAAAUAUACUUAUAGUUCUGGUUGAUGAGGUUUGAGAGAUCUCUGCAGUGACUUCCUCCAAAACGUCUAUAAACACAAAAGCCCAAUACCUUAAUUUGAAAGGAAUAAUUCAAAUACACUGAGGUUAGUAGACUCAUCAGCGUAACUUUAUGUAAUUUUUAGACGAAAUAAAUUUCAAACUAUCUGCAUUGCUACUGCUGGGGAAAGUUAGUAGAUUAGUUGUAAUUUUGUUAUUUUUGGGUGAGAUGGCCCUUUAUACGUGCAGCUCAGUAGUGUGUGCUCUUCUUUUUAAAGGUGCUACACCUAAUUCACUGUGUUAGACCGAUAGCAUCCAAACAGAAUGUCAUCACUUUAAAUGGUACCCAGUUUCCGUUUGAAACUGGUUUCACUCUGUGCAGUGUGCACACUGGACUGGGACUCACACUACUUUACGUGAACACACUGUUUCUGUCUGAUACUCGACAUAGUGGACCAAAUGAUUCCUUCUGUGAAUCUACUUCAUUUGCUGCCUGUGAUGAGGAUGAGACGAACGGGUCGUUCUCAUGACUUCAGAAAGUGGCCUUGACUUGCUCAGAUGUACAGUAGCCUGAUGUAGUGUGUGUGUGUGUGUGUGUGUGUGUGUGUGUGUGUGUGUGUGUGUGUAUACAGUAGAAACCCUGCUGAACUGAUGAGGUUGCAGGCCGAAGACAAUAUUGAAUGUUGCCAGCAGAGCCUCUGUGCAGCCGUUGGCACGUUUCCUCCUGAGGUUGUAUUCAGCAUUGUUUCUAUGACAACAUGAGCCAAUCAGCAUCAUCUUCACUGUACAGUCUGUGAGCCGGCUGAUACUUGACAUGAACUUAAUGCUACAGAGUGAAUGUUAACGCAGCACCGUACUGCUAAUUCUUUAUCACUGGAUAAUCUAGAUUUACAGCACACUGGUCGAUGCUGCUGCCGCUGCGUUGUUUAAAAGCUUCACAGGUUUCCAGUCAAUUCUAGUUAUAAACCGUUCAAUUUAACAAGCGUUUGCUUCAAUCAUUAGCUGCCUUUCAAACAGACACGGAUUAAACAUGUCACGUCUGUGUGUGUGUGUGUGUGUGUGUGUGUGUGUGUGUGUGUGUGUGUGUGUGUGUGUGUGUGUGUGUUGACGUUUGUUGAAUCCAUCUGCGAUUCUUUCUAAAGUGUGGAUGAAAUCUAUAUUUUUGCCAUUCAGUAUUGAUUCUUCAAUCAGUUCAGGUUGUUGAUUAUAUUUAAAAGAUAAACCUAAAAGCAUAACAGUUGCAACUGUGUUGUCUCUGGAAUGUGAAAUAUUAAAAGCUGUAAUCUAGA